AUGAAGCUGUGGAAGCGAGCUGCCGCCGCAAUCAAAGACCGGAAAAGCUUAUUAGCCGUCGGAUUCUCCCGGCGAACCUCAUACCGGAACGCGGAUCUCGAAGCAGCUAUCAUCAAAGCCACCUCCCACGACGACUCCACCGUCGACUAUUCGAAUGCCCACCGCGUCUACAAAUGGGUCCGAGCUUCUCCUCGCAACCUCAAAACUCUCAUCCACGCGCUCUCCUCCCGCGUCAACCACACGCGCAGCUGGAUCGUCGCACUAAAAUCCCUAAUGCUCUUCCACGGCGUCCUCUGCUGCAAAGUCCCCUCCGUCGUCGGCGAAAUCCGCCGCCUCCCUUUCGACCUCUCCGAUUUCUCCGACGGACACUCCUGCCUCAGCAAAACCUGGGGAUUCAACAUCUUCGUCCGCGCCUACUCCGCCUUCCUCCACAGCUACUCCUCCUUCUCCUCCGACCAGAUCCACCGACACCGCGCCAACAAACGAUCGCAGAGAACCGAUUCCGUCAAUCAAGAGCUCGAGAGAGUCCAGAAACUCCAAUCUCUCCUCGAUUUACUUCUCCAGAUCCGUCCAAUCGCUGAUAACAUGAAGAAGACGCUCAUCUUAGAAGCCAUGGAUUGCGUCAUCGUCGAGAGCAUCAGCAUCUACGGCAGAAUCUGCGCCGGAAUCGUCAAAAUCGUUAAAAUCGCCGGCAAAACAGAGGCCGCCGCAACUCUAAAGAUCAUCAACAAGGGUAAGUCUCAGGGAGAAGAUCUCUCUUUCUUCUUCGACUUCUGCAAAGGCUUCGGCGUCUCAAACGCGCGAGACGUUCCUCAAUUCGUCGGUAUACCGGACGAAGAAAUCGAAGCGAUCGAGAAAAUGAUCGACGAGAAACCGACGAAAGACGAAGUCGAAGAAGACGAAGUAGAGGAAGAGAAAGGUAUGGUAGUUUACGAGAGUCCGAGAUUGCAGACGAUCGUCACAGAGAAAUGGGAGGUUUUCGAAGAAGAAGACUAUUAUUUCAACCGAUGCAGAACCAACGAAUUUACAAAUCCGUUUCUCGUACCGAACCAGCAACCGGUUUACAUGAUUCACACAAUGCCAGAUUUGAUUACUUUCUAG